AUGAAGAAGCUCCACCAUCGAAAGGGGGAAAUCCCUCACACCUCACCUCUGCCUCUCCCUUCCUUCCGCUUCGUGGCCGUGCACUCCUGGCGCUUGCCGUGUUUUGGCCUCAGCGCUUUAACUUGCUCAGACCACAAGCUGCUUGGCCAAAGAGUUGGAUGGUUUUCUACUACGUUAGUAAGGAGGAGGAGGGCCGCCCGCCUCAGCCCGCCGUCCUCCGCCAGCUCCGAGGGCGAGGAGCCCCUCAGCCCCUCCGGCUGCUCCCCGCUCUCCCCCGCCUCCCGCCCCAGCUCCCCGAGCGGCGAGGAGGAGGAGCGGGCGGCGGCCUCCCGGAGCCGGCGAGGCGAUAGUACUUUUUCUCAGUUUCAGUGUGAAUCAGUUCCCCUGGACUCGUCACGGCUUGACCAGCGAACGGUUGUGUUAUCCACACACGUGGAUAACAACAAUGGAGAAGAGAAAAAAGAGUCACCUUUGAAAGAUACUCUUUCACCAUGGGAAGAAUGGUUCAUUGGCAAAGAGAAGGAACUACGUGCCCGCUUACAAGCUAGAGCUGCAGAGGAAAUGAAUAUACAGCUUGAGAAGAUGAAGCAAAAGCAAGAAUGUGAAAGGAGGAAAAGGAUAGCUGAAGAGAAGCACAAGGAAUGGGUCCAAAAAAAAAGAGAAGAGGAAAGAAGGGAAAGGGAACGAAAGCUGAGCAAAGAAAUGGCAGAAAAAGCCACAAAGGAACUAGAAAAAAUGCAGUUACAAGAAAAGGCUGAAGUAAAAUAUAAAGAAUGGUUAAAGAAGAAGAGAGCUGAAGAGGCAGAAAAGAAGAAGAGAGAGAAGGAAAAAGAAAAAGAAAGGGAAGCCGAACUACAGGAGAAGAAAGCAAGAUCAGAGAAGAUCUUUAAGGAAUGGCUACAUAAUGCUAGAAAUAAACCACGCCCUGUUUUAAAUGGUUAUGGCUUCCAACAUGGGAAGUCUGCAGGGUAUGCUGAUGGAAAUUCGUAUCCAGCUCCAGCAUAUUGUAACCCCAUUCCUUGGAAACCUGUACAUGUGCCUCCUCCAAAGGAAGACAAUGUACUUACCAUGAAGAAGAGUAAGAGACCUGUAUCUUGUCAGUCACAUGCAUCUUCACCUAUGGUAAUUUAUAAGCCCAAGAACAGCCCUUGUAUUGGAUCCUUGUGCAGAAAGCAGUUAUAG